CACCAGCACACACCCGCCAGCAUGGCCAAGCUUCUCCUACUCCUCCUGACUGUUGGGACGUGCUGCUGGGCACAGCUCCUCGUCAGUCCUCCCUCACGCAACUGCCAUGAGUUGGAAGCGACAGACGAGAGUUCCCAGUCUGUGAAGCAACUUCCUGAGUAUGUUGCUGGCGAGGAGAUGCUGGUGAAGGCCCAGGUGCCGCAUGUGGAGAAAGGGGUCUUCGAGUUCUACCUCUGCCCUAAGACAGGCCCCGGGGAUGAAGACUGCCUCAUGAGGUGGCCCAUGGAGAUAUCCGGGGUGGAAGGCCGUCAGUAUAAGAUGGACAAGAAUACCCAGGGAGGAGAGUACAAUAUACCUCUCAUCAUACCUGCCGAUUUCACCUGUGAUUCCUGCACUCUUCAGUGGACAGUGGUGUCGGAGCAGUGCUCUCCCGAGGACGGUGUCGACGAGGCCGGAUCCUCCUGCUCCAACCAGCGGACCACACUCUGCUCGGACAUCUCCAUCAUGGAGCGAAAACGACAUCAGAAGAGAGGCUGGGGUUUUCUCAAAAGUAUCUUUUCUGGGGCUGCCAGGGCUCUGAGUGGAGCAUUCCAACAGAGUCCUAAUACAUAUGGAGCUAUCCAACCCCAGGCUAAUACAUAUGGAGCUAUCCAACCACAUGCUAAUACAUAUGGAGCUAUCCAACCCCAGGCUAAUACUUAUGGAGCUAUCCAACCCCAUGCUAAUACAUAUGGAGCUAUCCAUCCCAAUCCUAAUACAUAUGGAGCUAUCCAACCCAAUCCAAAUGUACAUGUAGCUAUCCCACCCAACCCAAAUAUACCUGGAGCUUUCCAACCCAAUCCAAAUAUACCUGGAGCUAGCCAACCCAAUCCAAAUAUACCUGGAGCUUUCCAACCCAAUCCAAAUAUACCUGGAGCUAGCCAACCCAAUCCAAAUUAGAGUUACCAUUGAAAUUGCGGGAAUCUAUCCGCAAAGACAUACAGGCAUUAAGAUACACAAGCAGAGAGAAAAACUUACAGGCAGACACGUUUCCACGUAUAUAUAACUGAAAACUCACACCCCAGAAGUGACUCGAACCCAUACUCUUCUGGGGUGUG